AUGAUGCUACGAACGGCGAGACUCACUGACGAUUCCGACUAUGAUGCCGGCGAAACAGCUGAGAAUGUACCACGUACACGGUCCUACUUUGGAUAUGAUGAUGCAUACAAUGGAUCCGGACAAGAGAUAAUGAAGGACGUUCUACUCCAGUCACAUCCUCAAGAAUUUGCCAGUCAGAAUGAGAACUCGACCUCUGACCCACACAUUUCGAUUUCGAGGUUGCCUGAAAGUACACCGGUCGGUGAAGGAUCUAUUGCCAAACAGCUGCUUACUCAGGCCGUCUGGAAUCCUGGCUUAUCUCAACGUAUGGGUCGUCAAAUAGCCAGUAUGCCAGUGGUAACCUUGGUGAACCUGCCCACUUGGGCUUCUAACAUACGAGGUUUGACAGGUCCAGCAAGCAAGCAAACUAUCGAAUGUAGGCUGAAUCCCCCUCCUUCAACUUCCACCGAG